UAAACCCAAAUAAAGCCUAUGACGUCAGCAAAUAUUCGCCUUAAGUGCCGCGCUUGCAUUUGUACCCUCGAUGCAGCUGUCGGCAGCUACGAUAUGCGAAAAUUGCCCACACUGGCACACAAAUUCAUCACCUGCACAGGUUUGAUCGUGUUUGAGGAGGAUGAGGAGCAGCCGUUGCCAAGUGAGCUAUGCCAGGCGUGUCAUGAUCAGUUGGAGCAGUUCUAUGCAUUCCGUGUCAAGUGCAUUGCAGCCGAUAUACAAUGGCGCGCUGAAAUUUUAGCAUCCUCUGAUGCUGAGAAUCCCAAAUGCAGCUUGGAUGCGGCGGCUCCAAAAGUCUCAGAGCUGGAUGCCUACACUGAUAAGAAGGUGCGAAAGAGGCGAGGAGACAAGCUCAGCACAGAACAAUUGGCAAAUGAAGAGACUGAAAUAGAGUUGCCCGAAACUGAAGCCACAGUUUUGGAUACAAUAGGGGAACAGUGUGUGCCUGCCAAGCCAGCUGCGCCCGGCUUUCAAUGCAACAUAUGCGACAUGCGCUUCUUGGUGGAGCAUCGCCUGCAGGCGCACCAGCGUCAACAUGAAGGCCUCAUGCCUUACCCGUGCACUGAGGCCGGCUGUGAUCGAGCAUUCAAUCGUUUCCACUGUCUGUCGGAGCACCUGAAGCAACAUUCGGGCACCAGCCGCUGGUUUAGCUGUGAGCAGGAGGGUUGCCACAAGAUGUAUCGCCACAAGCCCACGCUUAUCAUGCACAUGCGAAGAUGCCACAAAUUGGGCCCGGAGCUCAAGUCGCACGUGUGUGAGUUUUGUGGCAAGGUGUUUAACUCGACGGCAGUGCUUAAUGAUCAUCGUUACACACACAAAGACAAAUCGGAGUUGCCGCACGCUUGCCAAGAGCCGGACUGCUCACGGCGCUUCUCCAGCAGAGAGAAACUCAAGGUGCACAUGAUGCGGCAUGCGGGCAUCAAGAACUUUAGCUGUCCUUACUGCGGCAUGCGCAAGACAACCCGGAAUGAGCUCAAGAUACACAUGAACUAUCACACGCUAGAACGCACCUGGCCCUGCCGCUUCUGCUCGAAGGUGUGCAACAGCUCCGGCAACCUCAAGAUGCACGUGCGCACCGUUCACGAGCAUGCCAGAGAUUAUGCAUGCAGCUACUGCGAGCGCAGCUUUGCCAAGGCGGACACCCGCAAAUACCACGAGAUGACACACACCGGCGAGAAGCCGCACGAGUGCGAGGAAUGCGGCAAACGCUUCACCCAACCAGCGGCCUUGCGCACACAUCGCAAGAUCCAUGAGCGACAGCGCAAGGACUCCAACUCGGCUGUGUAUACGCUAUUGAUGACAGCUCCGACUGACACAGCUGCUGUUAGCGUUGUGCAGUUGGAUGGCGGCAGUUAAUAAUCUUAAGUUGCAACCGAAUCUCUUUAAGAAACCAGCCAAAGAUAACAAUUUUUUUGUCUACACCACUUUCGCAAUAAAAUGUGUAUUUAAUUGGGUAAUAAUA